AUGCCAGCGAGGCAAGCAAGCCCAAAAGCCGAGACACCAAGAAGUGUGGCUCCCACAUCCCCUCCUCCACCAGAACCUGAAGCAGCAACAGCAACGCCUCCGCGGAGCAGCGUGACUCCCAAAGCCACUCCCAAGUCAACCCCCAAGUCGACUCCGAAAAACAAAGCGAGCCCCAAAGCAACUCCAAAAGCCAAAACCGCCCCCAAACAAGGCAGCAAACCCACGCCGUCAGAGAAGCAGUCUGCACCGAGUGCUGACGAUGCUGCAGGCGCCACUGAGGAUGUUGCUGCAGAGGAGCCGGUUCAGCCAGCUGAGCCAUCUGAGCCGGCUCGAUCAAGAUCACCAAAGGCACCCACACCAAAAGCCACACCACCCAAGGCUACGCCAUCCAAGGGCACACCGCCAAAGGCCAAGGCGGCGACAGCCACGCCUCCAAAAGCAACGCCCCCAAAGGCCGCGCCGCCGAAGGCUACGCCACCGAAGGCUAAGGCCAAAGCCGCGCCAACAUCGCCGGAGCCUCCGACGCCUUCUCAGGCCACUCCUAAAGCUAGCGGCCCGAAAGCCACACCCAAAGAAAGCCCAGCGAAGGACAGGGUGGCCAGCAAGAUGCCAGCGGCGAAUGAGGAGCCCUCCACGCCACCAGCCAAGGUACGAAGGCAAAGCAGCCCACCCCCGAAGACCGUGCCAGAGGUUGGCAACGCAGAUGCGACCUCAGAGAUGGAGGCGGCAGAGGAAGCCGUUGUCGCCUGCCGAGCUCGUGAGCGCGCUGCGCAGCACGCCAUUAUGGUCGCAAAGGAUGCUGGUCGCCGGUCAAAGGACCUUGAGGAGGAGGUCAAGAAGCUUGUGCAAAGUCUGGAGCGCGCUAAGAUGUCUGCCGACAAGGCCUAUGGCGCGGCAUCGAAAGCACAGCAAGCUGCAGAGCGCGCAGCCAAGGCCGGAGUGGAUGACGACGCGUGA